AUGAGAAAAAGAUUAGGAGCAAUCCAUUCUGAUUCAGCUGAAGAAUACAUUCAACUAGCUCAAACUGCUUGGAACAAGGAUCUCUUCUAUUAUGAGGGCAAUUCCAAGAAACAAGAAUAAAAACUUGUGAACUUUGAUUUUGAUGAGAGGGAAACUAAUGUAUAAAUAUAAUCUGAUAUUCUAGAAUACGGAAAUAGAGGAGGAAGCAUAGAUACAAGCAUAGAUGGAGACAUAGAAUGUAAAAAUACUUGUGAUGGCUGCAGAGAAUGAAGCAUAAUAUAUCUUUGAUUAUUGUGAUCGAGAAGUUCAUCAAAGGAGGGAUUUUGAUUAUGUUUCAAAGGUUGAAGUCAAUAAAAACAAAUAAAUCACUUAUCAUUUUUGGAUGAACAAUAUUAACUCAACUAAAUUCACUGAGAUUAUUGAUGGUAAAAUUUAUAAAUUUAUUUUUUAGUGUACGUGAAAAAUUGCGAUGUAGUUAUAUAUAUGUACAACAAAUCGGUUGAGGAGCAUUAUCAAGAUUUCAUAGAGAAGAUAUCCAAAAUCAAUAAUAAGAGAUUUACUAUAUACAAAGUCAAGAACACUUUGAAUAGAACUCAAGUAUUUUUUAGUUAUAAUCUUUAGAGUUUUGAUAAACUAAGCGAUUAGAAUAAAGAAAAUAUAAUUGCUGCGAGAAGCCUGUAAGAAGCCAUCUCUAAAACUAUUAACUAAUAUAUAUGA